AUGGCCACCUCCCGCCUGCCCCCAGCGACGCCAACGCUCAAGCAGUUCAUGAGGAGGCAACAAGUUCUCCUCCUCUACAGAAGGAUUUUGCAGGCAGUCCGGCAAGUUCCAAAUGAUUCUGAUCGCAAAUACCUGAAGGCCUGGGCAAGAGAAGAAUUCAAAAGAAACAAAAGUGCCACGGAAGAGGAUUCAAUCCGGAUGAUGAUUACUCAAGGCAAUAUGCAGCUCAAAGAGUUAGAAAAAACACUUGCUUUAGCCAGAUCUUAA